AGCUUGUCUCCAGCUGGCAAACUAAGGAGGGUAAUAGAGAAGCUCCCCCACCCCCAACCCUACCCCUUCCUUCCGGAAGCAAAUCUAAGUCCAGCCCCGGCUCCAGAUCCCUCCCACCCUGGACCUAAGAAACCCUCAGCACAGACAACACCCCUGCAUUCCCCACACAACACCCACACUCAGCCACUGCGGGCGAGGAGGGCACAAGGCCAGGUUCCCGAGAGCUCAGGAACAUGGAGCUGAUCCAGGACAUCUCUCGCCCGCCACUGGAGUACGUGAAGGGGGUCCCGCUCAUCAAGUACUUUGCAGAGGCACUGGGGCCCCUGCAGAGCUUCCAGGCCCGGCCCGAUGACCUGCUCAUCAGCACCUACCCCAAGUCCGGCACCACCUGGGUGAGCCAGAUUCUGGACAUGAUCUACCAGGGCGGUGACCUGGAGAAGUGUCACCGAGUUCCCAUCUUCAUGCGGGUGCCCUUCCUUGAGUUCAAAGUCCCAGGGAUUCCCUCAGGGAUGGAGACUCUGAAAGACACAGCAGCACCACGACUCCUGAAGACACACCUGCCCCUGGCUCUGCUCCCCCAGACUCUGUUGGAUCAGAAGGUCAAGGUGGUCUAUGUUGCCCGCAACGCAAAGGAUGUGGUGGUUUCCUACUACCACUUCUACCACAUGGCCAAAGUGUACCCUCACCCUGGGACCUGGGAAAGCUUCCUGGAGAAGUUCAUGGCUGGAGAAGUGUCCUAUGGGUCCUGGUACCAGCACGUGCAGGAGUGGUGGGAGCUGAGCCGCACCCACCCUGUUCUCUACCUCUUCUAUGAAGACAUGAAGGAGAACCCCAAAAGGGAGAUCCAAAAGAUCCUGGAGUUUGUGGGGCGCUCCCUGCCAGAGGAGACUGUGGACCUCAUGGUUGAGCACACGUCGUUCAAGGAGAUGAAGAAGAACCCUAUGACCAACUACACCACCGUCCCCAGGGAGUUCAUGGACCACAGCAUCUCCCCCUUCAUGAGGAAAGGCAUGGCUGGGGACUGGAAGACCACCUUCACCGUGGCGCAGAAUGAGCGCUUCGAUGCGGACUAUGCGGAGAAGAUGGCAGGCUGCAGCCUCAGCUUCCGCUCUGAGCUGUGAGAGGGGUUCCUGGAGUCACUGCAGAGGGAGUGUGCGAAUCAAGCCUGAUCAAGAGGCUCCAGAAUAAAGUAUGAUUUG